GCCCCAUCGCUAUAAUGUAUGCAUCAGAAGCUAUAUACCUAUAGAUAUAACGUAUUAGGUAUAUAUGCAAUUAUGACGGUUAUGCAGUGUUUGUAUGUCUCACCGCUGCCGGCUAAUACGCCGGACUUAUUGUUAGUUCUGUUCUUUUAAGUAAAUUAGAUUGUAAAGCUGUAGAAUUUUCAAAAACUCAAGUAGAAAUGUCUAGAGUUAGGAUUCGAUAUAGGUACUCUACGUCAUACUGCGUCAUAAUUCAAAAUAUAGAUAUAUAAUGAGCACCGAAACUGUAUUCGAGUCAGGUUUACAGCUUAUUACAAGGCUUAUUGAUAGAAGAUCAGUUGAAGACUUAGACAAUGAUUUAUUUUUUAACAAACUUCAAAACAGUGAUGUGAUUGAGAUAAAAGGCACAAUUACCAGUGGGAUGAGAUGUCUCCUGACAAAACUCAUUGCAAAAUUUAUUUUGCCAUCAAAGUAUGAUGGUCUGGAUGUAGAUGUACUUUUCAUCAAUACAGAAAAUCAAUUCCAGAUAUCCCAUCUCUUUAAUUUCUUACAGCAAGAAAUUAGUAACAUUCAAGGCCCAAUAAAUGUUGAUCAGUUAGUAAGAGAAAUUUUGAAUAGUUUGAAAAUUAUCAACUGUUACACUCAUAAUCAGCUCCUCUUAACUUUGCAUUCAUUAGACAAUUUGCUAUUGCAAAAUAAAAAAGUUGGAGUUAUUGUCAUAGACAGUAUUAGUACAUAUUAUUGGCAACAGAAAAAUGAUUUGUCAUACAAUUCAUUUAUCAUGAAAAUCCUGAAUAAUAUCAGGAAGGUUACAAUAGAUUUCAAAGUUUUGACGAUUUAUACAAAACAAUUUAACUUUGAGUCAAAAAAAUUAAGUACAGAGCAGCAUGAAGGAAAAAAAAUUGUGCGUUACGAAAUAAAUAUGUACAAAAAUGAAAAUACUAAUGAAUUUAUUUGUGAUGUAAAAUCAGGAGCUGAUAAAAAACAGCUUUCUUAUAGAAUUAGUGAGACUGGCCUUCAAUGGAUCAAAUAAAAAAAUAAAAUUACUGUUUAAAAUAAAUUCAUAUAGUAUUUA